AUGCGACUCCCUCUCUUGCCUUUCUUUGCGCUCGGCGCGUUCGUACGCGCCGACCAGCUGGUCAUAUCAUACCCGAAGAACACCGCAGUCAUGUAUAACUCUGACAAUACGUCGAGCAGCUCGACCAGCACGGCCGACGCGUCGACGUUCUCUGGCACCGCUGCGUAUAACUUGACGGAACUCGCUGUUCCUGCAUUACCAAGUACGAUGCCGGCGCUGUCUUUCGGCGUUCAACUCUACGAAGGGGGCAUGACCAAUUUGAGCAUCCCACUCAACGGUGCAUUCAUGGGUUUUUCCAUCGAGAUGUCAGUCUCCGUCCAAGUCAUGGGACACAACAGCUCUGCAAUCAGCGUACCAUUCCUGAACCUUAUGGCAAACCUCAAGGAACGAGCGGGAUGGGUGCAGAUCCGCGUCGGCGGUAACUCGCAGGAGCAAGCUGAAUGGAAGGGCGACUCACUUUCGGGUUACUCCGCUGGUACGAUUCUGGGCAAGGACACUACGAACGUGACGAACCCGACUGCCACACCGCCGCUCGAAUACACGGACGACCUCUUCGUGAUGCUCAACUCGAUCACCGACUUUGCGAACGUCAGGUGGUAUCUCGGCGUGCCCUUCUAUACUGUCGAUCCGGUUGACAUGGACAUUGUUGAAGUUGCUGACAAGUAUCUCGGAGAUCGUGUACUUGCAUAUCAAGUGGGGAAUGAGCCGGACUACUACGGAUACAAUGGGCGCGAUCAUCGAGCAGAUGGCUACGCUCCCGUCAACUACACGGCCGACUUCGGUACGUUCAUGACACAACUGGAGGCCAACACUAGUAUCACGCGUGGCGGCAAGUCCUGGUUGGUACCGAGUAUCUCGGCCACUGUUUGGAACAUCAAUGAUGUUCUGUCAACUGGCCUAAUCACGAGCUAUAUCGACGACUUGUAUGCUAUGACUGUGGAACGCUAUCCCGACGAUAACUGUGCCGCCGUGUACGGCACUGGGACUGCCGUCGAUCCCAACAGCGUCAUCUGGGAAUACACCAGCCACCAACAGGUCGUUGAUGUGCUUUCUUACUAUGAAUACUCGUCAGCGUACGCGGUCGCUCAAAAUGUGCCAUACAUCAUGUUCGAGACCAACACAGCUUCUUGUUCGGGUUUCCCCGGUGUCAGCGAUGCAUUUAUGAGCGCUCUGUGGGCUGUCGACUGGUCCGCCACACUGGCUUACUAUAACUUCAGUGGGGCUUUGUACCAUAUCGGAGGUCAAUCCGCCUACUAUAAUGCGUUCACGCCACCGCCAACCAAUCAAAGCAGUUACAAAGGCUGGACCGUCGGUCCAGUAUACUACGCGGCACUAGUCAUGGCCGAGGCCCUGGGGCCCUCCAAUACCUCUCAGAUUGUCGACCUCUUCCAGAAUUCAUACAACACGUACACACCGGGCUGGGCGAUCUAUGAAAAUGGUAGCCCGAAGAAGGUGUUGAUGAUCAACUACCUGUCCGAUUCGACUGGCGCGUCGGACUACACUGCGUCAAUUGCGAUUGGUGGCGGUACAACCGGGACGACUUCUACCACGCCAUCAUCGGUCAAGGUCAAGUACUUGACGGCGCCGACAAUCACGUCGAAGCAGAAUAUGACAUGGGCAGGGCAGACGCUCGGAGAUCACCUGUCAUCUGAUGGCCGACUGCAGGGCGAUCUUGAUGUACAGACCGUCACAUGCGAUACGACAAACCUUGUAUGCGACAUCACAGUACCCGCGCCGGGACUCGCGCUCGUAUUCCUGGAUGACGACUCUUACAACGAGGUCACUCCCAGCAGUACGCUCACGUUCCCGACAACAUACGUCACCGCCACUGUCAACACCGCACAGGUUGACCCAAGUGUGCUGGCGACCUCGAAUGGGCAUGCCAAUAUGGGAGGACGUAGAGACUCAACAAGUCCUGGGAGCCGCUCUGGGGCCUGGUCCCACCGCACAGCGGUGCCCGGUAUGAUAGCCAUCCUCGCUGGCAUGUUCCUAGGUGUACUGCUUGUUGCGAGAUAG